GUCGUUUGGCGCCAAAUGCUCUGCCCACCAUCGAUCAUAGGUAGAGUUCUGUCCCUUCCUCUUAAACCUUGGGGGGGCAGCAAACAUCCUAAAACAGCGCACCACCGAUUAUUGAAGCCGUACCGAUACUACUACGUGUACCUAUCUAUGUACAGCACAGGGUUCCUCGCACUCAACCCCUAGCCAGAAGCUGCAAAGCACGUUGUACUUACCCUGGCAAAGGGUAAUUAAGCAACGCUCGUCAAUUCGAGCAGGCGCGCUCUUCGCGUGGGGCAGGUGGGCACGCAGGCUCCCGUCACCGCGGGCGACCCAAGACGUGUAUUAAUUGAAAAAAGACCCAGCAUCGAGCACCGAAGACUGUGCAUUGCUCGCGCUUUGCGGGAAAACCCCCUUCUCACAACCCCUUCUCAUAAGACGUUGUUGCCCUGUUUUUAUCCUUACUCUUUCUGUCAGCUGUUCUAUCUUCGUCUUCGCUUCUUCAACUCCUCAACAACGGCACACAUACCCCGAGUAUGCGGUCUGGUCGUAAUUUCAUGUUGAAGGAGACGACAACAGCCGUCCGAACCUUGAUUCGGAGUCUAUACCACUCACAGCAUGUCGUUUUCGUCGUUUAGGGGUCGUCGCGACCGCGACAGACAAGAUAACCAUUAUGACUACCAAAAUCGUCGGGAUGGCGAAUCAGACCGUCGAGACCGCCUCCAAGAACCCUAUCGAGAACGUUCUCGCUCGCGAUCUCCGGAUCGAGAGCGCAGUCAAAGGCAGAGAGACUACGAAAGAGAAACGGAGCGUGAUCGGCCGAGAGACGUCGAAGUUUCGAGACCUCCGACCGGGCCCCGCGAUCCUCGUCCACCGAACCGAUCUUUCUCUUCCCCACUGCACAGCAAGUCAAGCAACUCAACAGAUCCACGCCCCGAACGUGGCCUAGAAUCAUUGCCGCGAAAACCACCGACCACUUCGACAACGCCAGUGUCUUCAGCACCACCUACGCCCCGCCCUGCAAGCGAGUUGUCAUCUGUAGCCAAGCUUACUACGGCUCUACGACUGCUAUCGCAACGAGGUAACGAACAGGGUGCCUUGCAGCUACGUAAGAAUACGAUUGAAGCGCGCGCCAUGACUAGAGAAAAGGAGCACGCCCAGUCAAGAUCCAAAUAUGCCGAGUUUCCGUCUCUGAGGGAUUGUCACCAGAAGCUCGAGAAGAGGGACGCUGAAGAUUUGGCUGCCUUACGCAAGGAGAUCAACGUUGCAGAUUCACAUUGGCUCUCUUCAGCGGAAGGGUUCGCUACCACCCUGCUUCAGGUUGUUGCCGAACUGCUGCACCAGGACAAAGACCGUCGCCCGGCUGCGUCUGUCUCCAAGCCUAGCUCCACCGACGGUCUCGAGGUUCGACUCAACUCCCGGCUUGAUGCGCUUGGCAAACUGCACAAAGAAGAGGUGGCAAAACAACAAAAACAGAUAGAUGAUCUUCAAAAGGGACUGUCCACCGAAAUAGCUCAGCGUAAGAUACUGGGCAUCGAGAACGAUUCCCUCAAGAAGAAAAUUCAAGAACUGCAAAGCCAAAAGCCAUCCCUGGUGAGAAAGGUUGACGAGCAUGGCACGUUGAUCAAGCAGUUGCAAGAAGAGAAAUCAAAGGAGAUGCCGCUGCCGCCAGCACCGCAAGAAGCCACUGUCACCACGGAAGAUCUGAAAGAAGUCAAGACCCUAGCUGACCGAUGCCGAAGCGGAUUGGCCGAUCUUGGGGCAACAGUAACGGGACAUGACCAGAAACUUGGCGAGAUAGAUGUCGACCUGAUCACCGAUGGCUGUGUUACUAUCGCGGCCACGCUGCCACGACUCGAACAGCACGUCAAGAGGGCCGCAGAUGAUAUCUCCGGGCUUCGCUCAGACCACGACAGGCUCAGGUUGGAUAACGAGAAACUCCGGUCGAACGCAGACAUACUUCAGUCCAGUGUCCAACAGCUUCAGUCGGACACACAGCAACUACAAUCCGACGCGUUCGGUGUCCAGUCGAGUGUGGAGCAGCUCAAGUCUGUAACCGACCAACUGAAGCACGACACAGAAAGCCUGAAAACGGACACGCUGGACCUUAAGACAAACACACAGGACCUCGGGACAGACACGAAGGGACUCAAGUCAGACACUGAAGACUUACAAGCAGCUGCUGAGCAGCUUAAAUGUGAGACGAUGCAGCUACGCUCGAGCUCGAGGGAAACACAGCUAGCUCUUGAGGAGCUACAAUCUACAACACCGAGACCGCCGGCAGGGGACUCGUUCCUCUCUGUAAAGACCUUUACCACUAUGAAUACUGCCGUCCUUCAGAAAUUCAGUAGUUGGGUUGACGAUUUGAAGAGGCGGCUCGACGUCAUAGAGGGCCAAAUACCAACACUGCAGACCGCGUCGAAGCAGCAAAGCGAUCACUCGUCCCGGAUCAAGGCCAUAGAAGAUCAAGUUAAGACGCUCGAGAAAGAGUCGGACCGAAAGACGACUCCUAGCUCGGAAAACAGUCGCGUAACUACACCUGCUCCUGAUCACAAGAACGUUCAGCUCGAGGGGAAGUGGAAGGAGCAUGACAUGCGCCUCAAGACGCUCGAGGCGAAUUCUAGGAAGAGCCCGUAUCGAUCUGACAGCGCCUCUUUCGAACCAACGGAUGCUAUAGAUGCACUUGCCCAGAGGCGCACGCCGAUUGAGUCGAUGAAGGCUGCGAUCGAGGCGUUGAGGGAUCAGGUGGCGAUAGCGGACCAAAGCAUCAAAGCCCUAUCGGAAUCGGCCAAACUGGCGAGCGCUGGCCAGGCGUCACACACUGAACGGUUCGGCCAGCUGGAGAAUGAGCUCUUCUCGACAGGAAGGCGAUUAAUGACGGCAGAGGAUGCGCUUCGAGCGACCGAGAAAAAAAUAGAGAGGAAACUGGACUUCAUGCAGCAGAACUUUACGACUCUCGACUCACAGAUGAACAACUUGUCAUUGGAAACCCUUUUCCAGGCUAUCAUUCAAUACAUGGGCACCUUCCAACCUGGUGAGGCAGUUGUUGGGCCCAAGGUCGAGAGAGUGGUUCAACAGGUGACGGCGCAAGAGUUUAGACUGGCGGCUCUGGAGCGGGCAGUAACUUCGAGCGAAGAGCCAGCAAACAAGAAACGGAAGAUAAGCCCUAACCUAGGGCAUGCGGGCAUAACGAACGGCAGGCACUGAGGAUUGGGGCAUGUGUAUGCCUUUUGACAUUCGGAGAAGUGAUAUCAAGGAUCAUGGCCAAUGGCUAGGACGACUACGGCGCAUCGGGCUAGUUUAAGAUACCAAAUUGUGUUUUGCAACAAUAUGUAAACAAUAGAUCUAGGCAGACUUCCUUGAAUGGGUAUCCUGCCUAGAUUGUAGGUAUUAAAUGAGAUAACGCAGCUUCUUUACUGCAAUAC